ACUUGAUGGGUCGCUGAUUGAACCAAGGAUCUUCGCGCCAAACCACGUGGACUCGCAAUGGCUCUAUCCGACUCAUCAUCCACCACGCGGCUCCCAUGCAAACCGUAACACGCGCAAGACUAAAUCUCCUUGCCUGCAGAACACGCGCUACCUUGUAACCGUUGAGUGAGACAGAGACAGGGAGAGGAAUAUCCAUGUUUCUCUCCCGUACGCAUUGCAGGUAGCAAUCCUCGGAGCCCAAUCUGUAUUAUUUUCCUUCGUCUCACUGAGUUGAGCUGAGUUGAGUUAGCUCGUCCAGUUCGUUUCUCUAGAUCGACAUGGAGAUGGAAGGAUUCAAAGAGAACCCAUCUGAGAUCCACAGGAGGCAAUUUUGAGGUAGAGAUGAAUUCAAUGUCCAAUUGUUGCUUCCCUGAGCUCAGCAAACCAGCCCUUGGUCAAUGAUUCAAACUCAAGCUUCCCUGUCAUGAAUGUUAUAAGUCCGAUGAAGAAAAGAAAAUUUCACGAGGAGCAAUUAGGCUUGCCACCACCAAAGCACAGGUGCUGGGCACGAGUAUUUCCAUCUGAUGAAUCCGUCUCCAUGUUUGAUGGAAACCUUGAAAUAAAGAAUAUGCAAAAACAGACACUGAACAGCAAGAUAGACGGGGCAUCCCUGGAUGACAGGUCUGAACCUGAAUCUGGAGGAGGCAGCAAUAGUUUCGCCCGAGAUUCUGGUUAUGCAACGUCGGUUUAUGGUGAUUCUAAAGUCGGGCCCGUGUAUGCACAGACAUGCCAAUACGAUAGGCCUUCCACUUCAUCAGGGAAAGGCAUCAGCCAUAGUGCAGAUGAACUAAAAUAUGUGAAUGGAGACCAUCAACCUAUGCAUCCACACGACAAAAUACAAGAAUUUCAGAAUCUUGAAGAACACAUCCAGGAAUUUGGAAACCGGAUGGAUUACAUUUUCGCAGAACACGGAGAUGACUGCAUUGAGGAAUGUAUGGACACAGGUUGCGAAGAUCUCAUCUACCCCAACGGUUUGAAGCCGAACACAUAUGUACUUUCAUCCGGAAGAUGGAGUGUGAACCAAGAGGGUCAAUCAGCAGGCAGCAGCAGGAAGCCAACCAUUGAUCAAGAAUUCGAGCAGUAUUUUUCCUCGCUAAUGCUGUAGAACUCAUUGCUCCAAUGUGGAGCAAUAAAUCUGUAUUUAAAAAAAAAAAAAUAUAUAUAUAUAUAAAAUAUGUUGACCAGGAUUAAU